AUGCAGAAGGUAUUACUUAAACAGGUAAUGGCCAUAGGAGCUGUUGCGCUAGCAUAUCUACAAGGAGGAAGCUGUUUGCCAGAGGACGGAGGGAUGUAUUUGAAUGCUUUAAACGUGCAAUGGAACAGAAAGAUGAAUGCUUUAGAAAAGCAAGUUCAACUUCGUAAGGAUUUUCUUAAGAAGAGCAAGCUUGUGUCUAAAGAAAUAUCAAAUUGCAACGCUAAAAGUAAUUUAUGUUCAGGCGAGAUUUUUAUGCGAAAAAUGACGAACAACUUAUCAGCUCUUAACGCGACAUGGGAAGAAAUGAAAAACCUAAUAAGAUUAAAUGAAUCAAACAAGUAUGCUGUUGGAAAACAAACUGCUUCUGAUGAGAUGAUGGAAACCGAUUCUACUGAUAGAAGAGAAAAUAGCGCUGAAUUAGAAGAGCUAUUGCAGAAAAUGCUCAAUGAUGAGAAUUCACUCGUUGAAAACAUACAGAGGUUCAAUUAUCAUAUGCUUUUAUUCAUAGAAUAUUAUAACAUAGAAAAGCAUCGAAGUAAAAAAAUGCAUGAAUUAAAACUAUUUUUGCUUGCACAAAGUAAAAAGAUACUCGCCACCAACCUAGUAUUUACUUUCUUUGAAAUGAACACACUAACUGUCAGCGAUGGUAUGAUUAACAAAGAAGAGUUCGAGCGUACAGUCAGCUAUCUAAGAGGUCCCAUUCCUUCAGAAGCUGUUGCAGAGUAUAUGAUUACUGUAAUGUCUGAAUUCCAAAAGACUGGAGAAAAUCCAUUGAUUGUGGCAGAUAAACAUUUCAGAUACAAGUUCUCUGAGUACGGGCUUGAUGGAGAAGAAGAUGCACAAAUAAUGGAUAUCUAUUUUGACCUAGUAAGAAAGGAGCUUUUUGGUUCGGAAAUGGAUCCAAUCAGAAACAUCACGCCCGAACAGGUUAUAAAAGCAGUGAUGAUCGAGUAUUUAAUGGAUGGCUAUCUGCUAAAUUACAAGACAAACCGUGUGUCUUUGAACUUGGAAAAAGUAAUAUCAAACAUGGAAAAAACAAAACAAGAUAACAUAACUACUACUCUAAACAUUUUGUGGGAGCUAGACUGGUACUGCAAAUCAGAUAGCUUUGACAUUGAAGGCUUCUGCACAGAGAACAAGCUCAGUCUUGAUUUCUUUAAAAGCCUGCAGUCUAGCCUCUUCUAUUCUAAAUGGAUCUAUGUGCCAGAAACACCCCACUUAGAAGUAGAGGAUACAUUAUCUGAAAGAGAAAGAAUAGCAAAAAUGGUGCACUUUGAUAUAUCUUACUUGCAUCCCAUGUGGUACAGUCUUAAGAGAUAUGAGAGCUCCAGCCAAUUGAACAGUUUUGAUAUCCGGUACAACGCCACACCAUUUAUGGAAAGAGAAAACGGCUUGAUUAAAGUCAGACUACAUAAAAUAAGUAAGAAAGACGAUAAGCUAGUACGAGCAAGAAAUAUGAGAGACUUUAUGAAUGUUUCUUUUCCACCAGCACCAGCUGAAAUUGAAGUUUUGCACAAGGAUCUAGAGGAUAAGAAUCUUAUUCUGGUAUCUAAGGAGUUUAUUAAGGCUUUUAGGAUAUAA